AUGGAGGCCGCCCCGGUGCUGGAGGUCCGGUACCGGGACCUGGGCAUCCCCAAUGCCACAGCCGUGCUGCUGGAGAAUUAUUUUACGGUGGAGGAGUGCGAGAGAUACUUCCAGGUCCUGACCACGGAAAUCGACUGGAAAAACCAGCUGGUGAACGUGAAGAAGCAGCUCUCCUUGCGCUGCCCCAGAGGUGCGGAGGAUGGAGAGCGCUCCACCGUGGACGAGCCCCGACGCACCAUCUUCAUGCUGACCGGACCGCCGGUCUCAGCCAGGCAUUUGCUACGAGUACUCCGGGCGUGA